CUCGUGAAGAGGCAGAGUUUUUUGUUCGAGAAAUAAACGAACCCGUUUGUCCAGGUUGCUGGACAAACUGGUUCUGGUGUUCAGGUAUUUUAGAGGACACUGAGAAAUGACAUCGUCUCAGUGAAGACGAGAGACUGUGAGAGCUCGGAGGACUGAGCGGCGCUGCCUCAUCACACAGAGACGCCAUCAUGUCCAACUCGAUGAUCAUCAGGCAGCCUCAGCCUGUGAUGGUGAUCCAAGACUCUGAUGAGUGGGGGUCUGGGAUCUGUGACUGCUGCCAAGAUGUGCCAGAGUGCUGUUGUGCUUUCUGGUGUUGUCCCUGCUUUGCCUGCAAAGUCACCGACACCUAUGGAGAAGCUCUAUGCCUUCCCCUGCUGGACAUUUUCGGUAUGGUACCGCCUGCCACCUUGGCCAUGAGGGUGGCCAUGCGUCACCGUUAUGGCAUCGCCGGUAACCUUUGCACGGACUGCAUCUACGCCAGCUUCUGCACCACCUGCACCUGGUGUCAGAUGUCCAGAGAGAUGAGGAGAAGAAACAUCCAGGUCACUCUGGUCGGCGCCAAAAGAACAUGAUCAACGAACCACCGCACGCGUUCAUUUUAUGUCUUUUAAAAUCUAAACUUCAAACAUUUAUUUAGAAAGGCUUUUAAAAAAAAACCUGGCAGCACUGUGACACUUUCCUUCUGUACAUUUUCCUCAUUAUAUUGUAUGUUUUAUGAUCAUUCGAUGUUCAGUAAAAACACUGUGGCUACAUUGUCGGUGUUGUAAAGGGCUACAUGAGUAGACAAUCAAUGUGAUAGGGCUGUAUCUGCUUCUUUUAUAGCUGUGAAAUACAAUAAAAUGACUGAUGUCAAGUGUCAAAGAUAUAAAUAUGACUUGUGCCCCACUGUAAAAAGCAAGAAAUUGGACAAAGUUGGAACAAAUAUGUUUUUUUAAUAUGAGCAGAGACUAAAAUCCACCAUAACCCACAGGCAAAAACAGUUUUUUCUAUAGAUGUCAUAAGAGUUUUUUGUGUGUGUGAAGUUUAAUGACCUAUCAUUAUUGUCAUGCAUUCGAAAUACACAUAUGUCCAUUUUGAAUCCA